AUGACUACUGGAUUCUUCCAACCAUUGCCUCCAACAACUUUCGUGGUGGAUAAGGCUCUUUCCCAUUGUGUCCGGCUUGUGCCUGUGGAGAUGCCUGACAAAAUCUGUGGUUGUUCACCAGAGUCAUUGAGGGUUAGUCCAAGAAAGACUGUUGCUGUGGUCACAAUGAAUGGACGACAUGAUCUAAGCAUGCCCGAGUUAAUUUGUGAGGCAUGCCAAGCCACUUGGACUUCUGGAGUCGCUGACCUAAACAGAAGUGACUACUGGCCUGCAACCCUUCAAUUUGCCACAGUUUAUGCCACAGAUGUCUUUUUUUCAUUUGAAGAAAUUAAGAUGGCGGCACCAGGACUGUCCUGCCAAGCAUUUUUAAGAAUGCUGAAUCAGCGAACUGUCCGCUUUGGUCGUACUGGCAAGAUCUCAGCAGACAGUUUUCUGAAAAGUUUUUUUGAGUGGGAGGCUGUGCGAUUUGAGUUGGACAAUAUAUGCAAGGAAGAACCCUUCAACUGUCCUGCGUGCACCCCUGAAAUGCUUGCAGUUUCAGUUGAUGGAAACCGCAAGCAUUACCGUUUCAAGAAUGCUGCUAGAUCUGAGGAACAGGCCAUCUUUGAAGGCGUCUUCAUAGCCAAGGACGAAGACGUGAAAAGAUUUGUGGACCACAUUCACAACACAACCAAACAUGUCAGUGGAAGAGGUGUUUGUGGAGGGGAGUGGUCAGCAGCCAGAGAGACCUCACAAAGAUCUGCCAGCAAGGUAGACGAGGAGGGAUUGGAGCUUGUGGUGUGUCGGCACGGAGUCCUGCUCUGUGAAAUGGAGUGGGGCAUAUCAAGAUGGGGCUGGUUUAACACUGGGGAGGAGGUGGAACAGUGCAAUGCCUUCCUCUCUAGGAUUGCAGUGACCACAAAACAUAUGUCAAAAGCAGGACGCUACAGACAUGCUGACUCUCAUGGCCAUCGCUGGAAUCAGCAAAAGUUUAACAAUUUGUCUAUCUCACUGACUCGCCGAUAUCAAAAGACCACAAAAGCUCUGCAAAGCCAGUUACUAAACCUAGAGACCAUGAAAGCCCAAUUGACAGUGACAGUGAGCCGAUUGGAAGACUGGGUGAAUGAUGUAAAGGAUUGGGCUGAUGCUGCAACAACAGCAACAACAACUACAAAUGAUGCUGAUGCCCUGGCCAGCAGAAUUGAGGUGCUGGUAGCCAGUAUCAAGAGACGUUCCCAGCGUCUCUAUAAAGAUUCCGAUGGCAACAAAGGUCGUGCCAGAAUCCGCCGCAAGAUCAGGGAGGAGAAGGGAAUCCUGACAUCUGUUGUGGAGAAAUACAACAGAAUGGUUCCAAUCACAGAAACUCUUUGCCUGGAAACCAUUCUGUCUGGUGAGACAGCUUGGCCAUGGCAGCUCCCACACAGUGACUCUGUCGAUCUAAGGACAAAGAGAAGAGCUUUUGACAUCAUCAUGUCAGUAAGGAGGCUUGAGGAGGAGCAGAAGAUUCUUGUUGCAGAGAUGGACCACCAUUGGAAAUCUCUCUCAACUCGUUCCGAUACCCUCAGAGAGCUGUCCUGCUUGUUUUCAAAUUCGCAAUGUGGCCUAAGUGAAGAGGGUUUGAAAGGUCUGCACAGCAUCAUCCUCAGAAAGCGGCAUCAAAUCAGAGAAAUGAAAGUGCGAGCAAGAGACUGUUACCUCCAAGUUUUGUCUGGAGCAGAGAACAUCAGCUUCUUGUACAAUGCAUCAUCUGAUGAGUACGACAGUGACUAUGACAUUUCUGAUGAUGGACUGUAA